CUGACAUCCAAUCCAAUCGAACAAGUAUAUUCUGUGUCUCAAAUCAAUAAAAUCUUUUUUUUUUUAAUUCAUUUGGGAUUGUGAGGCUAGAUUUUCAUAAAUUAAUAAACAAAUGGAUACUCCAGAAAUAUUACAGAAGAAACUCUAUUUUCUUUUGGAACAAUUACAAAAUAUGGCAAGUGACUUACCACCGAAAUAUCAAAUGAGGUUGCCUAUUGAGCUUUUAUCUAGUCUUGCGAAUUGCCUCCUCAAUGAUACAAUAUUUGAAAUUGUAAAGGGCCUACUAGAAAUUCAGCAUGUUACGGAACAACAUUUGUAUCAACAAAGGCUGCAGUUUAUCAAUAAUAAAAAAAUGGAGGAAGAGGAGAAAUUGAAAGGACUAAAUCCAGUACAAAAAGUAGAAGAACUGCAACAAAUAAUGAAAAAGCAUAAAGAGGAGUUGAAAAUUUUCGAUAUGAACUUGGUCCUACAAUUAGAUGAAAAAGUAAAAGAUCAACAGCAGCUUUUGGAACAAGCAGGAGUUCCCGGAUUUUACGUUACAACAAACCCUUUAGAGCUGAAGGUGCAAAUGUUUCUUCUAGAUUUUAUGUUAAGGUUGAGCAAAAUGACUAUACCAACUUGAAAAUGGAAUUUUAUGUUUGUUCAAUGUAAAUUUAAGAAUACAAUUUUGUGAUAUUAUAUAACUUAUUAAUCUACUCAUGGUUUUCUAUAAUAAAUUGAUUUUUUCUCAAAA